GAGCUGCUCGAUCUGUCACUUCACAGACCCUGGAGUGCCUUUGGUGGACAAAGCGGGGAUUCUGGACUCCACAAUUCAUUUGAACCAACUUCCGACGUAUUCCUCACCGGGGCAGCGUGGAGUUGUCACCGUCCCGGGAGUCAUACCUGGUCGCCAUUCCUGGCUUUUUCCUUGAACAGCUCCGUUAUUAUUCCCGAGUUAGAAGUUAGAAGUCACCACGCUACACACCGCUAGCCGCUGCUGCUGCUGCUGCUGCUUCAAGGAGCUAUGUUUUACCAGCUUAACUGGAAACCUCCGGCUGAAACGGCGGUGAUUUAAUACUGGCCUCGUUUGUUUUUUUAGGCUAUAAAAGUAAGUCGCAUUUGGUGGCAAGUUUCCCCCCCGUCCCGUCGUUGAACACAACUGCAGAGAGAGAUGGGACUACACCCGCUGGAGUUCAGCGAGUGCUAUCUGGACAGCCCCGGUUUCAGGGAGAAAAUAAAGGCGCACGAAGCAGAGCUGGACAAAACCAACAGGUUUAUCAAAGAACUGUACAAAGAUGGGAAGAACCUCAUCAAUGCGACGAAACAGCUUGGGAUGGCACAGCGAAAAUUUGCACAGUCUCUGGGAGAGUUUCAGUUUGAGUACAUCGGAGAUGCAAAGACAGAUGAUGAGAGAUGCAUUGAUGAAUCUUUGCAGGAGUUCUCCUCAUUCCUCAGAAACUUAGAGGACCAAAGAGAGCUGAUGAUGAGAAACAUCACGGAAACUUUAAUGAAACCUCUAGAGAAGUUUAGGAAAGAGCAACUUGGAGCACUAAGGGCGGAAAGAAAAAGGUAUGAAAAAGAAACUGAAAAGUACUACAGCUCUCUGGAAAAGCUUCUGAAUUUGUCAGCAAAGAAGAAAGAGCCACAACUACAAGAGGCAGACGUCCAGGUGGAAACCAUGAGACAGCAUUUUCAGGAGGAGUCACUGGAUUAUGUUUGCAAACUACAGGAGAUCCAAGAGAGAAAAAAGUUUGACUGCGUGGAACCUAUGCUGGCCUUUUUUCAGACAGUCUUCACCUUUUAUCACCAGGGCUUUGAGCUCGCCAAGGACUUUGAUCAUUAUAAAAGGGCACUGCAAAUCAAUAUUCAAAAUACCAGGAGUCGAUUUGAGGGCACGCGAUCCGAAGUGUUUGAGCUGAUGAAGAGGAUCAGAGAGGCACCCCAAGACUACAGACAGACGAGCUCCAUCAGCUGUGAAGGCUAUCUCUAUGUACAGGAAAAACGGCCACCUCCUUUCGGUUCGAGUUGGGUCAAGCGCUACUGUACGUUUGUCAAAGAGCAGAAAAUCCUUCACAUGGUGACUUUUGACCACAGAUCAGGUGGAAAGAUUGGUGAGACGGAGUCUGUCACGCUCAAAUCGUGCGUCCGCAAAAUGACAGAGAUGUUGGACAGGAGGUUCUGUUUAGACCUGGACAUAACAGAUCGGCCAGGGACAGUGCUUACCGUGCAGGCCCUGUCAGAGGAUGACCACAAGUUUUGGAUGCAUGCCAUGGGUGGGAAGGAACCUAUCGGAUGCUAUCUUGGGAGGACUCUUUCCAAAGAACGAGGAAUUGAUGCCCAGUUGGAUGAUGUGGGUUUAAGUUUUAUGAAGAAUUCCAUCAGUGCGAUAGAAACAAGAGGUAUUAAUGACCAAGGCCUGUACAGAGUUGGGGGGGUGAGCUCCAAGGUCCAGAAGCUCUUGUUAUUGAUGAUUGAUGAGAAGACCAACGAAGUGGAUCUGUCACUCAGUGAAGAGUGGGAUGUGAAGACAAUAACAAGUGCUCUAAAGCUUUAUCUGAGGAGCCUUCCUGAGCCACUGAUGACCUACGGACUUUACAAAGAGUUUAUCAGCCCUGCAAAGGUCGGUAGUCCCGAGUCCCGCAUCCAAGCCGUCCACUGCCUGGUCCACAAACUACCAGAGAAGAAUCGACAAGUCCUCGGGCUGCUUAUGAAGCAUCUGGCCAAUGUGGCAGCGCACAGCAAACAGAAUCUGAUGACUGUGGCCAACCUCGGCGUGGUGUUUGGACCUACCUUAAUGAGGCCACAGGAGGAGACUGUCGCUGCCAUCAUGGAUCUCAAGUUCCAGAACAUCGUGGUGGAAAUCCUCAUUGAGCACAAUGAAAAGAUCUUUACAGACGCUCCUGAGGUUUGCACUCUUCCACCUGCUGCUCCAGUAUUAUCUGCUCCUACAAGGCAGUCAAAGAAACUGAGUCGACAGAACCGACCUUUAGCUGUCUACAAUCCGCAAGUCCUUGACAUUCAGAAUGUGGGAGAUGGUUCCAACCUGGCUGCAGAUGAGACAUCAAUGGGCAGCAAUGAGUCUGUAUCAUCCCAGUCAUCAUCAGCCUCAGCCUCAGAGAUGCCUUCAGACAGGACUGACCAUGCAACACUUGGCACCAGCCUCAGCUCUGACAGCAACUCCCGAGCCGUUACAGGGGGAGUUUCAGCAUCUACGGCAGCUUCAUGUGAGACUCAGCCUGCUGCCACCACAGGUGCAUUGGACAAGGAAAAACCAGAGGACAGUGUCACCGACAGGAAAGCCAAAGCAGUGUACCCAUGUGAGGCAGAGCACGACUCUGAGCUCUCCUUCCAGGUCGGCGCAAUAUUCAAUGCUGUGACCCAAUCGAGAGAGCCGGGCUGGCUGGAAGGAGAGCUGGAGGGAAAGAGGGGCCUCAUCCCUGAAAACUAUGUGGAGAUGCUGUAAAACCAAGUAGAAUUAUUUAUGGACGCUUUCACCAAGGAUAAUCUGCAAAGAUGUAUGUGCCUCAACUCAAUACACAGUAAAUCCUCCCCUCAAGUGACAUUGCCAUAUGCUAUUAAUGGCAAACUAUUCUAGACACAUACCUUUAUGCAGUUUGGCUGGAAAGUAAACACAUUUUCUUUGUUUGAAUUUAUUAUGGACAAAUAUUCAAAAAGAAUUCACUGAUGUAAUUGCAAUUACAAUGUUACGUUAUAUUCUUUGAUGCUGUAGAGUCUUGAGAUCCGAAUAAUUUCAUAGCAAAACCAGAGGUGUUUGUGCAGCGGGUGUUUGUCUGAGCUCACUCUCCUCUGCCCACUUAUACAUGGUAUCCAUGAGCUCAAAGUCAAAAGGAGAUCCUCGGAAACUGAAAGGAAGAAUGCCACCGCACAAGUUGCUGUAGGGUUUAAUUCUCUUGACGACAUUGCAGACAAUAUCGCUUUCACAGAUUUGAGAUACCUGUGUGCCUCAGCCAUCACUCCAGCCAGUGUAUGUGUAUGUAUGAGUAUGUAUGAGAAUGACUUUGGGAUGACGCUGUAUUCAUCUUCCAAAAAAAAAAAAAAGGCCAUUCUGCUAUUUUAAGAAUAUCUAUAGAAUGAAAUGGGGACACAUUGCUAAUGUAAUUUUAUUUAAUUUUAUUGUCACGUUGCAUGGAAUUUGAAUUUUAAACACAUUUUUUACUGUUUUUGUUUUUGAUGCACACUUUACAGAAACACAGUGAAACACCUCGCUGGUGCCUGAUGAGACUGUGUGUUAAACAGUAGCAUCACGGUGUCAGCAGAUGUGAAAAUCAAUAGACUGUCACAACCCCAACCAAGUGUCUUUCCUGCCAAAUUAUCUUCUUCUUCUUCUUUUUUAAAGUUUUUUUUUUAACGUUGCUCCAGUUCUCUUGAGCAGAUCUAAAUGAAACACUCCGACAAAGAUCUCUUCAACAUUCAUAACCUGAUUAUUACGAGUUAUGACCAAGUACGUUUAUCCGUUAAGCAACAAUACUGGUUUUAAGUUCUGAUCUACGUUGGUUUCAGUAUGUUUGCACAACAUUGCAUGUCAUCCCUCGGCUGUGGUGUGAAACACAUUCAUUUGUCUGAGUGCUUUGGUUCAGUGGAUUGUCUGCAAGGCAUUCACCUACUGUAACACCAACUGCCAAAAAAAGAGCUCUGUGAAAAUGUGUUCCCUUGGUUCAUAUGUGUGCUGUUUUCACAACUCCAGAUUAAGGGUUUGUGAUGUGUGCCUUUACUUGUGUAAACAGGAAAACAGAUUUGCGUUACUUGUUCAGCAACAGAAAUGUAAAUCUUUACUUUUCAUUUAAAAACCUUUUACAAGUCUGUGGAGAGGCUCUGUAUGUUUUCAUUUUUGGUUACAAUAAUUUAAGACAAUGACUCAUGAUUUUCAUAAAAAAGCUUUGAUUUCUUUAUCUUCUUUUCCUUUUGAACCUUUGGUUAUUUCCUUGAUUAAUGUUUAACAAAUAAAGAUUUAUUUUCUUUCAAUGUAUUAUGUAUUCUUGCCACAAAAUAAAUCUUAUGAAAGAUA